AGUACAAAUUAUUUUUCGUAAAUUAAAUAUGGCGGCGCAUAUAGAGGAUAAAGUUAUCGAUAAAUCAUUUUCUAAAGUAUACAAUCCUUUAAGCAAAGAGCUUAAAAAGGCGAUUAACGUUCGCUUAGAGAAGGUGUCAGCUAAAUUGCAUCCAGAGGCACGUGGUUUUGUGUACAUGAAAAGAGUUCCCAACUCUUUAAAAACACAACAGCUGAAGGAGUAUUUCUUGAAAUUUGGAGACGUUAAAAACAUUAGGCUUUCAGGAAACAAAAAGAAGAAAAAUUUUUUGUCGGGAGUGGUGGAGUUUGAGAAUCCAGCACUGGCUGUAGUUAUUGGAAAUCACUUAAACCAUUGUGAAUCUUUUCUUUCUUAUUUACAAUGUAACUAUUUGGAUGAAAGUAUACUAUAUGAUCAAGUUUACAAAGGAAACAACAAACAUCUCAGACCACUUGAAACAGGAGGAAAGCCAAGAAAGAGCUGCUCAAGAAAAAUUAUUUAUUUAGACUCAAAAUUAAAACAAAAGUUGAGAAUGAUGGAAACUCUUGGUCUCUUUUUGAAAUUUAAUGCUCCAAUUCACAAUGGUCUCAAAUCAAAACGGAAAAGAAAAAUCAAUGAAUCAGAUGACCUAUUAGACAAUUGUUCAAAAAUUGCUAAGAAGUAA